CCCGACUAACCGCUCUCCCUCUCACGAGCUUAAUCACCACACCACCAGCGCCACCUCGGGGGCUGUGUGAGUGCGCGUAAUGUGUGCUGUGUGCAAAAAAAAAGCUGCCGAUCGAUCGUACGGAUUUGUGCUGAGCACGUUACCCUACCACCCCACAAGCCCACCCUUCCACAGGCAAGGAAUCUCUCUCUCGCACACACCACGAUAGAAAGCGGGAAAGCGCGAGCCAAAUGGAAUGACACCGACGACUGUCCACGUGUGAGUGCGCGAGUUUCUUCUGAUGAGUGAGCGAGAUCACUCUCCCCGAUGCGCUCACACUCAUGGGCGAUGCAAUGCAAACCCCCUCGCUGCGGAUGUGUUGGUGCACCGUUGCUCUCGUACAUAUGUAAGAUACAGAUGAAGUCGGAGUUGAAUUGAAAAUGAAAUGGAAAUGAAAAUACAACCCACCUAUUUUUGUUUCAUUUCAAUGUUAUACGAUUAAGUGAUUCGUUCUCUAAUAUAUAUUUUUAAAACUGUUAUUUAUUAUUCGUGUGACUGCGGCGACGGUUUCUCGUGUGUUUCUCGGUGCUCCGCUCGCUGCAAGUGCUUCAACACAGUGUGGUCCGUAGCGUAUAGUAAGUAGUACAGAAGAAGUGUUUUGCAGCUCGCCUGCUUUGUUGAGGUGCAACCUGGUGCUCGUUUUAUGCUGAGUGUGUCUCUGCUCUGAUCGAAGGCGGCGGCGAGUUGGACUGUGAGUGGCGUGCAGCAAAAAGUACUAACCAAUUCGAUUACCUAUUGCCUGCCGAGUACUUUUGCACCUUGUGUCGCAGGAAAAGAAAUUACCACCAAAGAAAGAAGUGACCGCGGUCCGAUCCCGGAGUCGAAUUGCCGCAAAUUAGGGGGAAAUAAACGCCCCAAAACUGUUAAGAGAUUUCAGUCGUAUAAUUGGCAUCCGCGCGCCUACACUCGAAUCGAAGGCGAUUUCGAAUGAGUUACCGAGUUGUUCUCGGAAAGUGCAGUUAGUGAAAAUUGCCAAAUUGGCGGAAAAGUGAUGAGGAAAAAUGAAUUAAGGUGUGACGGUGAUUUGAUCGGCUAGUUUUUCCAGUGUUUUACGGUGAAAUGAGAAAGAAAUAAUUACUGGUGCAAACUGAAAAGGUGCUAUCGUUUUUUCUCCCAAGUCGAAAUGAAAAAUCAGCGGAAAAUAUGAGAAAAAAAGUUGAGUAGAGUGAGAAAAUCGGUGAUUGAUGCUACUUGUUAGGGUAGUGAAGAAGUGAUUGAUUUUUUUCUUUGUGCCUCAAGAUAAUUGACCACUCCGAAAAAGUGUUGCGUGUACGCAAAGAUAUUAUGGACAGUGCAAUGGAUUCGGCAUCGACGGCCAGUGAUCACAGCAUAGCGUCAUCGAACGACUCCCGCGGACGCAAUCUGUCUUCUCCUGCGAUGCCCCAUACGCACAACGGUGGCAGCCAUGUCCUGGACAAAACUCGGACUCCGACUCCGGUCAGUCCGGUGCACAACAGUCACAACUCGAGUCUGAAUCAUGGCCCCGGGCGACAGAUGGCCUCUAGUCCUUUGGGAGCGACACCUCAGCAGAUGAUGAGCAUGCCACAUCCGUUAAGUCCGCCACAUGUGUCGACGCCCACGUCUAUGGGAAUGGUUGGAAUGCCUCCUCGGAUGGCUGGCGGUCUGACGCACAUUCCGCCACAUGGACUUGGAUUGCUGAACUCCUUCAUGCACCAUGCCAGCCCGUUGGAUUUGAUGGCCGCUGCUCAUCAUCAUGUCCCUCCCCGGUCCUACAAUAGCCCGCCACCGAUUUCGAGUUCCGACCCAACGGCGAACGAAUGCAAACUAGUCGACUACCGAGGUCAAAAGGUGGCUGCCUUCAUCAUCCAGGGCGAAACGAUGCUGUGUCUUCCGCAAGCUUUCGAGCUGUUCCUGAAGCAUCUGGUGGGUGGUCUCCACACGGUGUACACCAAGUUGAAACGGCUGGACAUUGUCCCGCUGGUGUGCAACGUCGAGCAGGUGCGGAUAUUGCGAGGUCUCGGCGCCAUCCAGCCAGGAGUCAACCGGUGCAAGUUGCUGGCCUGCAAGGACUUCGAUGUCCUGUACCGCGACUGUACCACCGCCAGAUGCUUAUCGAUAAAACCACCUGAGAGUAACUCUCUGCUAUCGCACAGCUCUAGGCCUGGCAGACCACCGAAACGAGGCCCCGUGGGACUUUCGAUGCCGGCGUCGCACAUGUCCCAUCAUGCGGCGGCCGCCGCCGCUGCCGCCUCCCAGAUCAAAAAGCACCGGCUGGACAAUGGCGAGUUCGUCUACGAGAACGGACAUCUCAACGGAUUAACCAAUGGAAACAAGCAUGAUUUCUACCUAAUCUCAACUGGAUCCUCAGAUAUCUCCCGGCUGGACAAGUCACCCCUGCUGGCCAAUGGAUACAACGCUCCCCCGACGCAUUUGAAUCACAUUCCGUUCAUGCAAAUGAAUCCUCAUCCGGGCGGUGGCCACCCGCUGAUGAGCCCCGGUGUGAACGCGCACGGAAUCCCACGGCCAGAUGGGUCAAUUAUCAAGGGACAGAACAUCCCCGGCAUGGAGGCUAUUGCGAGAGCUGCGUAUGAGGACAUCGUCAAGCAUUUGGAGCGAUUACGCGAAGAGCGGGGUGACGACAGGACAGCAGCCCUCGAUCAAAAACCACGAGAUCUCAGUUCCCAGAGUGCACCUCCGCCAGAUUCGCCAAACGGUGCCAGCCCGGUGCUGAAUUUGUCCAAAUCCGGCGGCGAUCAGACCAGUGGUGGCGCCCCCAGUGAGCGAAGCAAUCAAAACUCGCCCGAGCCUUCGGUGCACGAAGAGGACGAAAACAUCAGCGAAGCCAACAUAUCGGACACCGAGGAACCCAACGAGAAGGAAGAAGACAUCAGCGACUGCGAGAGGGACAUUUCGUCACCUGUUCCGGCGACAGUUCCGGUUUCGCAGGACAUGGAAAGCCGUCAGCAGGCGCUGAACUACUCGAGUUUGGCGGCGACGGCGGCUGCAGUGGCUGUUGGCAAUGUACCGACGGCUCAGGAUCCAACGCUCUCGUCGACGGAGACGCUGCUGCGGAACAUCCAAGGCUUGCUGAAGGUGGCGGCCGAUAAUGCACGGCAGCAGGAGCGGCAGACCACUUAUGAGAAGGCCGAACUGAAGAUGGACGUAAUUCGAGAGCGCGAAGUCAAAGAUUCCCUGGAACGCCAGUUGGCCGACGAAAAGCGACUCCGAGGGCUUUAUCAGAAACGAUUCAAGAAAGAGCGGCGAUUGCGAGUUCAGCUGAAAGAGCGAUUAGAUGCCGAGCGGAAACGUCGCACCCAGCUGGAAGAGAUUAUCAAAGCCUCCGGAGCACCAGCCGAAGCGUUGCGGAUUAUCGCAGAAAACAUCAACAACGACCAGCAGCGGGAGAAGGAGCGGGAACGGGAAGCGGAAAGAGAGCGGGAGAAGGAGCGCGAGAAGGAACGCGAACGGGAGAAGGGACGUGACGAUCGGGAACGGAGCGAUUCGGACCGAAUGCGAGAUCGGGACUCCGAUAGGGAGCGGAGUCGAGAGCGACACGAACGGGAUCGGGACCGCGAGAGGGGUUCCUCGGUGGAGCGGUUUUCCAAGGAAGGCAGUCCGGUGGCUUCCCGAGGGGCCAGUCAGGAGGUUUCGCCACCGCAGCCGCAGGUGCCCGAGGGGAAACCGUGGAACUAUCCGGGGCUGGACAUCAUGGCGACCGGGGCGUUCUGGCAGAACUAUUCCGAAUCCCUCGCGCAGGAGCUGGAACUCGAGCGCAAGGUGCGACAACAGGCGGCCGAAGGCGAUGUAAAAGGGCCUCUCCAAGAUCGUUCCAAUUACUACAAAAACUCCGUACUGUACAGCAGUGCCACUUAGUUCCAGCAAUUACGGCUAAUCUUUUCAUCGCUCUCAAUAACAACAACAA